AAGGUGUUGCUGUGGUUACUUCAGUUCAUGCAGGAACAGGCGAUCUCAUUGGACGAAGUCGACCAGAACGGAAACACGGCCGUGCACGUUGCAGCUCAGUACGGACACCUCACCUGUAUCCAGACUCUGGUGGAGUACGGCUCUAACGUGACGGUCCAGAACCAGCAGGGGGAGCGGCCUUCCCAGAGUGCCGAGAGGCAGGGACACACCACCUGCGCUCGGUACCUGGUCGUCGUGGAAACGUGCAUGUCGCUGGCCUCGCAGGUCGUUAAACUCACCAAGCAGCUCAAUGAACAAGCAACAGAGAGGAUGACUCUACAGAAACAACUGCAGAGGCUGAUGGACCCCAACAAGGCAGAAGGAACGCCCUCCCGAUCUCCCAGGUAACACA